UUCUCUCACCAACCCUUCUUCCGUCCACCUCCCACCGAGGCCUGGAAGUGGGGCUUCCUGCGGGGAGAGCGGAGGGCGAGGCGAGGCCGCGGCGUCGGAUUCCUCGAAUACGCACACUCCUGUGCGGCCCGGCAGCAUGGGGGUGACAUGUGUGUCCCAGAUGCCUGUGGCUGAGGGUAAGAGUGUCCAGCAGACUGUGGAGCUCCUGACCAGGAAGUUGGAACUGCUAGGAGCAGAGAAGCAGGGGACAUUCUGCGUGGACUGUGAGACCUAUCACACAGCAGCCUCCACCAUGGGCAGCCAAGGCCAGGCUGGGAAGCUGAUGUAUGUGAUGCACAACUCAGAAUACCCUCUAAGCUGCUUUGCCCUCUUUGAGAACGGCCCCUGCCUCAUUGCCGACGCAAACUUUGAUGUGCUCAUGGUGAAGCUCAAGGGCUUUUUCCAAAAUGCCAAGGCCAACAAGAUUGAGACCCGUGGCACCCGCUACCAGUACUGUGACUUCCUGGUGAAAGUGGGUACUGUCACUAUGGGGCCCAGCGCUAGAGGCAUCUCUGUGGAGGUGGAGUAUGGCCCAUGUGUGGUGGCUAGUGACUGCUGGAACCUGCUCUUGGAGUUCCUGCAGAGUUUCCUGGGCAGCCACAAUCCGGGGGCACCAGCAGUGUUGGGGAAUAGACACGACGGGGUGUACGGCCCUGCUGACACCAUGGCCCAGUAUAUGGAACUCUUCAACAAGAUUCGAAAACAGCAGCAGGUGCCUGUGGCUGGGAUCCGUUAGUGAGUGGGGAGCUGCGAGUGAUUGCCGGGGUGGCUCCACAGGAGAUGAAGGUGCUUCAUCCCAGCCCCUGACCCUGGAACCCAGGACAGAAAGGCCAGGCUUCUUGUCUCCUUUGAACAUGCAACUGUGGCUUCUCCUAUGGGGCUUUGUACUCCCCCCACAGCACACACCCUUUCCCCACACCCAUGUACAGUGGUCUUAGGAUGAGCCUUGUUGCUCCUGACCUAUUCUUGGGGGAAAGGAACUGUAAAUGAUGGAGAAGUUGGAGCUUUUCCCUCAUCUUUCAGGAAGACAGGCCAGGGGAUGGUAUCCUUGGCUUGGCUUGGCAACUGCCAUUGGCCUCCUGUUCUGGCGGCUGUAGCCUUGGCUCAGUUCCCCAGUUGGACGGACUGUUUUUAUGUUCUGAUCAUUCUGUAAUAAAAGUUUGUUCCUUUGGUCUAAGGA